AUGUCGCUCGUCUCCGGAGAGAAGUCGAAGUACGUAGAGCCUAUUACGCGAACCCUGUGCCCUCGAAGCCCAUAUCCCGCAAGACCGCAUCUCGACCCAGCCGCACUCGAAUCCAUUGCAGCACACACGAUUGAGGUUGGACAGCAAGGUUGGCCGCUCGAUUACGAUGGAAAUGAAGAGAAGGAACAGUAG